CACAGCAGGCCAAGCAACGUGCAGUUGUUACUUGGAACCGUUCCUAUUGGAGGAGCCGUUUAACCCUGCUCCGCUUUUGCACGUGUUUUCGAGUAUUUCCUGGGGGAGGAACCAGGCGCUGGUUGAUUCUAAAGGAAGAGCUUUUGAAUUGCAUCAUCAUGGAACCUAGUAGCUGCCAGCUUCACAGUGCUUUGAGGCGCUCGUCAGAGCUUGGGUGUGAAGUUCUGAAGCGUGCUCAGAAUAGAAGAGUACAUUGGUUACCAGAUAAUCAGUUAUGCAGUGGCGAAAGAGAAUCAGCAGAAUCUUCAAUUCAGAAAGAUGAGGCUAAAUCAGAGUGGACUGAUAUUGAUGAAGCUUUUGCUUCAGUUCUACAAUGUUUGGCUCAUGCUAGCAGGCAGUGUAAGCACUACUAUAAGGAUGUACCACUGAAUGAAAGAGACAGAUUGGAAGAAAACCAUAUUCGUCGAUAUCACAUGGGACCAUCAAUCACCAAAGCUCCUGUUAGAUGCAGUGACAAAGUUCAUAUUCAAGUGGCACCAGGUUCUUAUGCAGUGACAGCAAAAUCCAAAAUGUCAGAGAGACAGCAGACUCGCGUCAUACAUUUGGGUCCAGAUCAGACGAUCAAUCUUGCCUUUAAUGUUUGAAGUAUGUGCAAUAAAAAGUUGGAUGGCUUGUGGCAAUCACCAAUGGCCCUGCACUUAUUUUCAUUAAGGGGGGUUUGGAAUUUUGAAUAUCUAUGCAAUGGUCAUCUUUUACAAUUAAAAUAUUUUGUCCUAGCACUUGAAGACUGAGUGAAGCAAUUCAUUUUGAAGUGAUGUUGCUUAAUUCAUUUGAAUGUAAUAAUUUUAAAACUGAAUGUAUUUGAAUUAUAUAAUGUAUUUUAUAUAAUGGUCUUCAUACGUGACAACUUUUGAGUUUUAAUAUAGCUGUUAUACUUUUAAAAAGCUAAGUGAUUAAUUUUCAAUAAACUUGGCCAAUAUUUUGUUUUAGUAACCAUUUUCACAAUGUGACGGAGGUGGAUUGAAUGUGCUUUUCUUACUGCCACAAUCUGUGUUUUGUAUGGGGGGAGAAAAUGCUUAUUUUCCUGUUCUUUGAAUGUGUAUUCCAAUUAAAUAUCAGCAGCCAACUUUCAUGAAUUUUAAAUAAAGGUUAUUUAUUCUCCUAUUACACCUGGAAUUAAUUCAGCCUCAUCCACUUAGUCUCAUAAGCACACAGAUUGAAUGCAAAUAAAGAUAAUGUACUUUACAGCAUACAGUUAGUUUAGUCUCUGAUUUAUGAUGUGUAUUUUCCUACAAAAUAGCUUAAGGUUUCUUGGAGGGAAUCAAAAGUUAUAAGUUGAAAUGAAAGGUUCACAGCAGGUUGUGAAGUUCCUUUGUAGUCAAAUAUCCAGGAGGUUGGUUUUUAGCUGAAUUUUGCAACAUGGACUGGUUAAGUACUUUGGCUGCUUGAUGACGUGCAGCUAGUUGGAAUCUAGUUCCCAGACUGGCCACUGGGCCUGUCAACAGCUUCUAGUUGAUCUUGUAAACAAAGAAAACAUUGCUGACUCACCUUGUAGCUUUUUACAAGUUCAGGGUAUUUUUCAAAAUAAGGUGGUGUGUCAUUCUGAUUCCAUAUCUUGCAUUGUUGGUUAACAUAUCUGAGACCUACCACCUCUAUUUUGGAUAGGAAGGCCUGUUGUGAUACAAUGGAAUGGUGACAGUGGCUGCUGAAUUUUGAUAUUCCUUUUUUGUCUAGUGAGAAACAUAGAGACAGGUAAUUGUGUUGCAAGUUUAUAAUAUGCUGUUGUUUGUGACCUUGGACUAAGUGGUUUAUAAAAUCGUGAGGAGCAAAGAUAAGGUGACUAGCAAUGGUCUUUUGCCUAUGGUUAGGGAGAUCAAAACUAGAGGGCAUAAUUUUAAGGUAAGAAGAGAGAUUUAAAAGGGCACUGAGGAGCAACUUUUCCUCACAGCGUGUUUCAUAUGUGGAAUGAACUGCCAGAGGAAGUCGUGGAUGCAGGUACAGUUACAACAUUUAAAAGACAUUUGGAUAAGUACAUGAAUACUUGAUAACUGUUGGUCGUUGUUGAAUUGAGAGCUUUCAUGCCCAGAAAAAGGGAGGCCAAAAGUAGGCUGGUUUCAGAACAGUAGUGUUAGCCUAGCAGAUGGUAGUGUAGCUUUGGCU